AUGAUGGGCAUUAUCCAUGCGCUCCUCGCCUUCUGGAGGUCUCAUUUCUUCCUCAGCCUCCCCGUGCCUAGCAAACCGUUCACAGGCCAGACAAUCAUCGUGACGGGUUCCAACACGGGGCUUGGGCUCGAAGCCGCACGUCACUUUGUGCGCCUGGACGCAGCCAAGGUGGUCCUGGCCGUGCGCAGUCAGGAGAAAGGCAACGCGGCCAAGGAGUCCAUUGAGAAGUCGACGGGACGUACCGGCGUUGUCGAGGUCUGGGAGCUGGAUCUCUCAAACUAUGCCAGCGUUCAGGCUUUCGCUGCGCGGGCACGCAACGAGCUCGGGAGGCUCGACGCCGUUGUCGAGAAUGCUGGCGUGCUGACGCAAGACUUUACCAUGGCCGAGGACAACGAGAUCUCGAUCACUGUCAACGUCGUGAGCACAUUCCUGCUGGCGCUGCUGCUCGUACCGAAGCUGAGGGAGACUUCGGCGAGGCUGGGCAGGGCCACGGUGCUCACCUUCACGGGGUCAUUCGUUCAUUGGAUUACCAUGUUCCCGGAGAGAAAGGCGGCGAGUAUCCUAGAGGAAACUGCGAGGAAAGAACGGGCGAGGAUGAUGGACAGAUACAAUGUCUCCAAGCUGAUGGAGCUCCUUGCUUUCCGAGAGUUCUCGGCGAAGCUGUCUCAGUCCUCCAAUCCAGGCAAGAUCAUAACGUCAAUUCUAAACCCAGGAGUAGUAGUGACAGACCUCAACCGCGAUGUGCAAAAGGGCAUCUUCGGCAUACCCCGAAGGAUUUUUAUGAGCUGCGUCGGCAGGACGCCCGAAGAAGGGAGUAGAACACUCGUUCAUGCUGCCGAGGGCGCGCCAGAAACCCAGGGGCAGUACUUGGAUGAUUGUAAAGUGGGCGUAGUUUCAACUUUUGUGCAGAGCAAAGAUGGCCAAGAGACUCAGCGCAGGUUGUGGGGGGAGCUCACCGAGAAGUUGGAAAGAAUCCAGCCCGGCAUCACGGAUAUUCUGUAA